GGUGCCAACAGCAUCCACCGACGUUCGGGCUCGGUUGAUCGGGUUGAUCCAUGAUAUUCUAACCUCUACAUUUUAUAUUUUUUUUUACAACUACAGUUUUGUGGUUUUCUGGUUCAGAGUUCUUUUAUUGAUUCUCAGAACGCAAAUUCUUCUGAUAAAUCCGUUUGAAAAAGUAUUUUCUACAUGUUCCAGAUCAAGCUUUCCUAGAAGAGAUUACUGACCACUAUUACAAGAAGUACAAAAAACAGGCCAUGGAUGAUACAUUCGAGGGCAAUGAAAAUAAUAAUAGCACCAUACACUCACAGUCUGAGCUAGCUCUAAAUGAAACUCACACUGAAUCUCAAAGUAAUAAAGAAAACCUACAUUGCUGGACUAGCAGUGCAGUGAAAUUAUUAUUGGACUUGCGACUAGGAAAAGAGGAGGAGUUCAAUAAGCCAGUCUGUAGAAAAAUGAAACUGUGGAAACAAAUAGCUGACGAAAUGAACAAAAUUGGCAAAUACAAUGUAUGUGGAAAUGACUGCUAUGGAAAAUAUCGGAAUUUGCUUCAAACCUACAGACAAAAUAAAGAAAAAAGACUAAAAAGAACAGGUGAAUCACAAAUCACGUGGGAAUUCUUUGAAAUAAUGGAUAGGGUGUUGGGUAAUAAAGCCUCCAGUAUGCCUCCACCACAGAGCCUAAGCUCAUCCAUCAACAAAAGUAUGAUAUCAGAAGACAUAGAUUCCUCAGAAGACUCAACACAGGGUACAAACAAAGGUAUUCGCAAAAAAAAUAGUUAUCAUUACAAGAAUAUCUUUUUUUAAAAAAUGAAAGAGAAAAAGAUAUGGACAGAAAAAAAAGUUUUAAAAGAGAAAGAAAUAGAAGCUGUCAACAAUUUAGCAGAUGCUAUUAGAAGAUCUGCACAUUCCAAAUGAAGUGAUGCAUAGUUGUAUAAUUCUUAAUAGUUUUAUGUUCGAGUUAAAUAUUUUUUAGUUUUUCACGUACCUGCCUCAGAGUUCCUGUUUAUUUUGUGAUAGAUAUUAAGUUAACAUGUUUAUUUUAUUAAAGAUAUAAUGUGAAUCCAC